GGUGGGGGUAGACAGGUAUAGGUGAGCUGCUCCGUCGCACCUACUACUCAAGGAAGCAUACCGAUGUUUGGUUGACUCCUUUGUUUCUCCAUUUUGAGGCGGCGGUUUAAGCAGAGGAAAAAUGGUGAAGGAAGAAAAGGAGUUGGCCAACCGGCCUGACAACACAGCCUACACUCAGCAGAGGCUUCCAGCAUGGCAGCCUAUGCUUUCCGCUGGUAUUGUCAUCCCAGGGUUUGUCCUCAUUGGCCUGGCAUUCAUCGGCAUCGGAGUGGCCCUCUUUGUCACUUCACAGAGCAUCCGAGUGUUGGAGCUUGACUACACUGGUGUUGAACAAAACUCACCCUGCUUCAAGUGUACAGAAGAUGUUGCCAAAGCCUGUACCUGUGAGAUGAAGUUCGACAUUGACAGCCUAUUCGAGGGGCCUGUGUUCUUUUAUUAUGGUUUGACAAACUUCUUCCAGAACCAGAGAAAGUAUGGAGUGUCCAAAGAUCACUACCAGCUGACGGGAGACCUCAAUAACUUCAAGGAUCCUGAUGAAGACUGUUUUCCCUUCCAAAAAGACAGCAGUGAUAAACCAAUUGUUCCAUGUGGAGCAAUAGCAAACAGCAUGUUCAAUGAUACCUUCAAGCUGUAUCAGAUCGUCAACGGGGUAAAGAAGCAGGUGCCAUUUGAUGGAAAAGGGAUCGCCUGGUGGACGGAUUACAACGUCAAAUACAGGAACCCGUCAGUCACGCCACUGAGGAAUGCAUUCAACAGUACUGUGAAACCCCUGUACUGGUCCAGGCCUGCUUAUGAGUUGGACACCUCAGACCCUGCCAACAAUGGCUUCAUCAAUCAGGAUUUCCUGGUGUGGAUGAGGAGAGCAGCUCUGCCAGAUUUCAGAAAGCUGUAUCGCCGAAUCACAGAGGGGGAUUAUCAAAGGGGCCUGCCAGCUGGAAACUACUCCCUUGAAAUUGCCUACAACUAUCCCGUUUUGGGCUUUGAUGGGAGGAAGAAGGUGGUGCUCAGCAACGUGUCCUGGAUGGGUGGGAAAAAUGAGUUCCUGGGCAUUGCCUACCUCGUGUUUGGCUCUCUAUGCGUCACCAUGUCGAUCGUUAUGCUCGUCGUCUAUGCAAAAUUCAAAUUUCCUGAGGAAGACUGAGCCACCGGUCAUGAACUGUUGAUUUGGGAGAAGUGUGACCAUCCUUCAUCCUCCAUAUUUUUCUUUUAAACUCAAUGGGAGGAUGAAUGCCUUGUUUUGUGAAAGAACAGGAGGAGUUAUAUGGACUAAAAUUACGUGUAAAUGGUCUCAUGAAAACUCACAGAAGAUGCCUGGUUUCACUUCGUGAGACAGGGAUUUCCCUUGACUGCAAAGUAGGAUUUUGUGCUAUGAAUUCAAGGUUGGCCUCAUGUACUGUACUUGUCUAUGAGCACUGUCCUCAUGUGAGGCUUAACAAAUGCAAAAUCUUUUAUUAUCCUUUGACGCUGGAACAGCCUUGAGUGGUAUCCCUCAGCAGAGAACAGAAACUUAAGGGAGCAUUAAAGUAGUCUCUCCUCUCUAGCUAGCUACAGUGUAAAGACAAUAUGGGUAACUUCUGUUGCAAAUCUUUAUUGGUACAAUGAUAAAAAUGUGUGCCCCUGGUGUUUUACUUUGUUAUACAUUAGUGCACAUUUUGCAUAUGUAAAGGUGUUUCUUUGGUGUUUUAUAAGUAUGUGCUUCACUAUGACAACAUCAGCUACAUUUUGAAUGUAGGUCAGUAACAGUAUCAGAGUUAUAUGAUUUGAUAAGCUAUGGGGUAACAUAACAUGCAGCUUAGCUUGAAAAUGUUACUGGAAAAUCUUAAAUAUUGUCUUGUCAAACUCAGGGACCAGGCUAGCUCGUGUUGUCCUAAAUUUUAUUUGAAAGUUUUAACUGUUACUUUUGUUUAUGAGGUUUUACUUCAUGAUGAUAUUUAUUUUAAUAAAGACAAUCCAAACUGUA